UUUUGUUCGCUGCCGGCGCCGCGGUGUCAAGUCGUCGCUGUUGUUGCUGAUGUUGCUGUUGGUGAAACGAUAACAAUUGUACGAUCGUAGUCACUACGGGCAUCGCGAGACAAUCGCGACCGGUUGCCCGCGGUUUUUACAUAAAAAAGGUCGCACGGGAACGUUAAAGACUCUGAAACAACAUGGAUGCGGACAUGGAAAUUGAUGAUCCAAAACCAACAGUUUCCAACCCUUUUAUAUUCUCCAGACCGAGUGCUGUAUCUGAUCUUCCAAGAAUUAUUAAUUUUGGUGUUGGAUCAGAUCAUAUAUUUGAUGUUCAAUCUACCAGGAAGAAUGUAUUCACUUUUGCUCCACCUACUAUAGUAUCUCAAUAUGAUCAAACUUCUACAAAUCUGCAAGCAGAUAAUCGCAACAGACACAAACCAAAAAUUCCUAGGCCCUUGUAUAAACCUCCUCUUAAUGUGUUUGCUAAUGCUCUCAAAGAUACAGGAGCAUUUGAUCAGCUAAAGAAGAACACAAGAUCAAGAACACAAGAUACUAUGAAAAUCAAUAUAGAAAAUACAAUCAAAUGUUCUGGUGUUCCUCAAGCUUUGUUAAAUAAAAUUGCAGCUAAAAAAUAUUUCAGGAAUUAUGGAAAUAUCAUGAGAAUAAAUAUUCGUCCAAGAAGACAUAUAAUUACAGUAACUUACAUGUCAAAAGAUGAAGCAAACACAGCAUAUUACAAGGGUGGCAAUUAUAUGAAUGAGACGUUUCACAUAGAAUGGGCAAAGGAGGAGCCAAUAGUGAAAUCACCAAUUAGAAAGAAAAAUAUACACAAUAACUUGGUAACAAAUCUGCUUAAAACAACCGACUAUGAAGUUUUAUCUGAAUUAGAAGCUAUGGCAAAUUUAGAAUAUAAUUUACCUUCUACCAAGGUGCCUGAGAUACCUGAUAUACCAGCAAGAACUAGAAUACCAGGGGGAAAAAUGGCAUUGCUGCAGGAGAAAGCUACGUUGAAAUUAGAGAAAGUUGCUGCAAAAGUUGAAAAACACGAAGCUGAAAGUCAGAUCACCAAUCUUUUGCCCAACACUCCUGUUGAAGAAUUACAGAAUAUAAUUCAUCAGGUCGCCCUUACAACUGAAGACAAGUAUAAAGUAUUGGAAGCUAGAGACCGCCUUAUGAGGUUAAAACGAGUUAAGCCGGCUUCUUUGGCGACAGCCAAAACGACCAGCGGCACUUGCCCGGACAUGUGCCCCGAAAAGGAACGUCUUAUGCGUGAGUCACAGAGGCAGGUCUCGCCAUACGAACAAAUCGACGGAAACGAGUAUAAAAUCAAUCAUGCAACAGCUGUAAAGCAAUAUUCGAGAUCAUCCGCAGAUCAAGAAGAACCGAUGUCUCAUGAGUUGAGGCCGGUGAAGUCCUUGAAAAUGACUAUGAGCUAUUUGCUUCACGAGAUAGUAGAUCUCUGUGAUCAGCAGAGCACAAACCUGGCGGAAUGGUAUCAUUUUCUCUGGGAUAGGACAAGAGGAAUUCGGAAAGACAUCACUCAACAGGAGCUUUGCUGCAAGGACAGCGUUGAAUUGAUCGAACAAUGCGCCAGAUUUCACAUUGUGUGCUCGGAAAAACUUUGCGAAGAAGACGCGUCUGUAUUCGACAAGAAAAUCAACUCGGAGAAUCUGACCAAGUGCUUGCAGACGUUAAAGUACAUGUACCAAGAUUUAAGAGAGAAAGGUAUUGCUUGUGAGAACGAGCCCGAGUUCCGUGCGUAUAUUGUUCUAUUGAAUCUAAACAACGGCAGUUUUAUGUACGAUUUGCAACAGCUGCCGAAGUCCGUGCAAAAUUCGCCGGAGAUUCAAUUCGCGACCAAGGUAUAUUUUGCACUAAGCUCAAAUAAUUAUAACAAAUUUUUCAAGCUCGUUCGACAGACAACCUAUAUGAAUACUUGUAUCUUGUUGAGAUACUUCAGUCAAGUCAGGAUGAGAGCAUUUUCAAUAAUGGUGAAAGCAUACUGCAGAAGCACCUCGACAGCUUUUCCGUUGUACGAUUUAAUAGAUAUCCUUGCCUUCGAGGACGAGGACGAGAUUAUGUACUUCUGUGAACAAGUGGGACUAAAUCUGUCCAGUGACGAGAUGUAUAUUCUGUUGAAUCGCCAGAACUUCAACAUAUCCGGGACGCAUAUACAGCAGCGCAGGCCUUACGAAUUAAUCAAAUCCAAGACGGACGGAUCAAAUUUCAGCAUCGGGAAGUAUAUCGCCGGCGGGAAGAUGCCGAGUAAAACUUAUGAGAAUCACAAGCCGCACAACAGCUUCGACGCAUACGGCAAUUUAUUACCUGAAUCGACCAACGCCGAGGAUCAAAAUUCCUUUUCGAGUGACUCUUUCGCUGGUUCUAGUUCCAAGGAAUCUCUCUCUACGGAGAAAGAGAUGAGGAAGAUACCGAAGCUAACGCAGGAUAAAAAUCCAACUGCUGGCAGUCCUAUGCAUAUCAAGAAGCAGCCGAUGAAUAACGAAUCAAGCGUACCGAAACCAGUCUCCGAACCAGUCAGCUUGAACGUUAUUAAAACAGUGACAUUCGAGCCAGACGUAUCCACUGGACACAAGCAAAAAAUUCCGAGUAUAUUUGAGAGCAAGCCGCCGUCAACUUUGCUGAAAGCGUUCGACAAUGAAAAUGCGAUCGUUAGCGCGGCGCGUCGUGAAAACACUACGAUCAGCAACAAGCACUCCACGAUCUUCGGUAGCAAUAGUUCUCUCAUGAACAAUCCAUUUGCCAACAACAGCGUUGUGUUUCCCAAGCAGUCGGAAACAUCGCGUAGCGUGGAGACCGUCGCUACGCCAUUUGCAGUCGCUGUGAACAAAAGCAUCUUCUCCGGUACGGGAACGGGAAAUAUAUUCAUGAAAGGCGCUACGUCUUCCCCGACGGUGUUCUCCGGUAAUCGCUUUCCUGCGGCUGUUUCUGCACAACAAUCGACCGUGUGUCACACGAGCGUUGCGAACAAAGUGACACCGCCGUCUGACAUCUUCCACAAAAAGGAGCCCGUUCAGAAGGAUGCGCAGGAAGACGAGAAAGCGAGGCUGGAGAAGCUAGAGCAUGCAAAAAGAAUGCGACAGAUCGAGGAGCGGUCCGAGGAAAUCUACAACAACUUGCACGCGGAAGUCAUACAGGAAUUCUGCUUUGCUAUCGCGAAGGAGCACACUGACCGGAUAAAAAUGUAUGACAUGCUGAGCGAGAAACACGCCGGCGACGUGAUCAGCGAAGUGAUCCGCGAGAUGUGCGACGCGAUCAUUACCACGGAGAUCGCUAAUCAGCAAAAGUUGCAGGAGAUAAUGCUGAAAGUGAGGAAUCAAAUAAUGGCCAAGUGCUUCAACGCUUGGAGGCGAUACAUCCUGAAGAAGAGACGACAAAGACUAGCACUGGAGGACACACCGGUCUGGUUACAGAGACAAUCACUGGAGGAGUGCGCGAAAAUGCUGUAUACUAAGGAGCAGGACAUAGUGAUUCGCAAUAUGCGCAAGAAAAGACUCGAGCAGAAGGAGGAGCACGUAGACGAAUCGGAGAAACUCGCACCUGUCGAGCUUAUCGUGCGCGCCGGUAUCAAGGAGAAUUUGCGUUUGUUGGACGUUAAUCCUCUGCCUAACGUGUUCUGGAAGCUCGUCAUCUCCUGGCCGGAUCUCAGCAACAAGGCAGUGCUGUGGCAGCACAAGAAAGUGAUGAACAGGUACCUAUAUCCAGAAGACUUCACGAUGGAGCCCAUCGUGAAGAUAUACAUGCCGAAUCCCUACGAAGCUCUGCACAUUUGCGUGCGGUACUUCGAGGGUUUUAUCAGCGAGCAGAAUCUCAUUGGCACCGACGCGUUCCUCUUCAUCGCCGAUGCUUCGGAGGACUGCAAGUCUGUCGCCAGACGUUUAACGAAAACCGUAUUGUCGAGGCAUAAGCUGAUGCCUAUACCACUCACCUUUAUCGUCCUGGGCAGUGGAAACCUGGAACAUCAGAACGAAAGUAUCGUCUCGGAACUGGAGUCCCUUCUGGAGUCUGGCUACGUGUCGGAGUACACGAUCAUGUUUGAGAAAAACCUGACCGCAAAAGUGAUUCUCAAUUUAACGCAGAGUGCGAUCUUGUGGCUAACGAUGAACAAAUCGCCGAUAAACCCACUGGAGAUGGACUAUUUGCACAACGUAUACGAUAUUUGUUUGUCGGAGGAGUUGUGGUUGAGAAUAUUAGGCGAUGCCAUGUUCAAUAAGCAGCUGUCGAAUGCGCUGAAGGAUCCUAAUUUCAUAAUCGAUUUGCACAAUGAAGCGGUGAAUCAUCUAAUGGACAUCAUCUUAGACCCGGAAUCCACAUUGUAUACCAGCUUCGCGCCCGAAUUUAAACAAUUUCUUAAAAGUGAUCAUGUCAUGCCAUGCGGUUAUGAAUAUUUUAACGAGUCGUGGAAACGAGACGAAUAUAGAGCAGAAUUAGAAGCCACGAUGAAUAGCUUCGUGUUACCACCGUGGAAUGCACCAUGGCCAAUAAUAGACGUGCGAGAACUACGGCGACGUAUCAUGAAUUAUUGCACAGAGGUACUGUCUGACGCAAAUUGUAACAUUGUACUCUGUGAUAUUUUUAGCAACUUUUCUCUUACGUCAGACAAUUUACAAGUAUCCAACUUCGUGCAAGUGUUAUUGCACGUGAUCAAGGAAAAAAUAAGUCUCUUGGACGGUGAUCAGACGGUCAUUUAUAACAAAAAUCACAUCAAGCAUUUCCGAACAUUACCAUGGUGGUUCAAAUCUAAUGUACUGACGGAAUUCAUGUCACGUGAAUUAAAUUCGAGCGAUAACGAUCUGUCAUCAUAUGAAAUAUUGAAAAAGAAAGCAAGACUCGACAGAUCGUACGAUAAUUUAAACGAGAGCGCGUUAGAUGAGGAAUUUGAGUCAUUGGCGGAAUUUUGCGAAGAUACUAAGAAUCAAGUUAUGGAAGUGCAUCUGUCGUGCAAGGAUAUAGAAAAGCGUUUACAAGCGCAACGUUUGCAGAAUGUGUUAUUAGAAGACAAACUGAGAAAUGCCUUGCUCGAUGAAAUUGAGAUGGAAGGAAGCGCGUAAGUUUUCUUUAUUCGACUGUAAACAGAAAAACUUAACAAUAUUAAUUAGCGUUAUACGUGUUACUUCGUCGUGUGGUGUUUACAUACAGGGUCUGCCAAAAGUUCCGGAACGGCUAAUUAUUUCAAAAAAUGAUUGUUUAAAACAAUAAUGUUUGAAACAAAAGUU